AUGGGCACCCUUGAAGAUCGCGCAGUCAUUGCUAUUCACGAGAAAUUCCAUAGUUUGCCGAGGAAGAGCAAGCCCAGAACAUUUACGAACGGUAGUCAGGAGUGGGUGCCACUUAGCGGUAUUGUAGUCAUUGGAAAGGAUGGAGCCAUCACAUGUUUGGCCUUAGGCACUGGGAUGAAAUGCUUACCAGGUUCACAAUCCUUGCUUCUCGACAGCGGCACUGUCCUUCAUGACUGGCACGCCGAGAUCCUUGCCAUACGAGCCUUCAAUUAUUUCCUUCUCCAGGAGUGCCAUCAACUCGCCUCUUGCGCCAAUUACACGUCACCCAUCCUUCGACGGAGACAAGCGCGUGAGCUGUCCGAAGUCCAGAAUUCGCAGCCCUUCAGUAUUCGCGAGGAUCUGAGGAUCAUGAUGUAUUGCUCUGAAGCACCAUGCGGAGACGCAAGUAUGGAGCUGGUGAUGGAAGCGCAAGCCGACCCCACACCAUGGCCCGUGACUGCCUCAAACGAGAAAGCUGCAUCAGGCUUCCUCGGUCGCGGAUCAUUCUCGCAGCUAGGCGUUGUAAGACGGAAACCCUCUCGAGCGGACAGCCCAAUCACCUUGUCUAAGUCAUGUUCAGACAAGCUGGCACUCAAGCAAUGCACAUCCCUGCUAUCAUCGCCAGUUUCGCUUCUAAUUUCGCCUGGAAAUGCAUACAUUGACACCCUUAUCCUACCGUAUCACCGGUACAGGCCAGAAGCUUGUGAGAGAGCCUUUGGACCUGCAGGGCGUAUGUUGCCUGUUGAUAAUUCAACUUGGCUUGCGGGCUAUCAAUUUCGCCCGUUUCGAGUGGAGACUGCAGAGAUUGAUUUUCACUAUUCACGGAGAGUCGCAGGUACAAACCUGAAUGGUCGCAAGGGCUCAAACAUCUCAGCUGUGUGGACACCACGCCAUCAAGAAACUCUGAUCAACGGCGUCCUGCAGGGUCGCAAGCAAACGGAUCCACUCGGGGCUAGUGCAUUGUCAAGGAUGCAGAUUUGGAAUCUCCUUGUGGAGACAAUCGGUUUAAUCGACGCCCUUCCGCCGAGAAAUUUUCUUAAAAUGUCCUCGUACCUAGAUAUGAAAAAAUCAGAUGGGUUGGAGCAUAGACGACGUGUUAAAGAUGAUGUAAAAAGCGAGGCUCUCAAGGGUUGGAGCAAUGAAUCGUCCAACACCCUUUUCGAGGAGGCAGUGCGACCUUGA